AUGUCGGCAUCACCCCGGUACCCUAGUCGUCCGCGCCGCAUCGACGACGCCCUCUCGCAGCUCAUUGACUCCCUGACCCCCGCGCUCCCCAUCUCCGCCGUCCAAGACGCCGACGACUAUUCCGACGACGAAGAAGCCCUCGCUGCUGCCGAAGAACACCGCCACCAUGCCUUGCUCGAUCGCGCCUGGCGCGUUCUGGACACCCACGCUGGCACCAACGCCGGAGACCCCGGCUCGCCCGCGGGGCUCGGAGUGCGCCGCGGGAGUUUGGCCGGUGCCGAGAAUAUCAACAACGCGCCGGAUCUGAUCAAACGCAAGCUGCGCCGCGAGAAUGCCAGCCCGGACAAAGCUGUCCGCUUCUCCAACCUCUACUCCCGUCUCCUGACCCAGCCCGUCCUCUCUCAAAAAUGGGGCAUCCUAUACCUCCUGUACCGCUUGUCGGGCUCGGAUGAAUCCGCCGUCGCUGAUGGCCCGGAGCGCAGUCGUAGCCCCUUGAUGGAGGAAGGUCGCCUUCAAAAUAUGUUGGGGAGAAGCGCUUCGCGUGCUGGGCGAGGUGUCGGAGCUCGAGGGGUCGAUUCGGACGAUGACGAGGGUCCCGCGAUCAGUUCUUCUGCCUCGCAUCAGCGGCCUCUGCCAGGGACGAGAAUAGAACGGCAGAGUUCGCUGCGCCAGGACUGGGACCGCGAGGGCGUGGACCAGGCGGGGCGUAGCUCGACUGAAAGAGCUGGCAAUUUCGACGCAGCCACAAAUGAUCGGUCAAGUGAGCGUGUUCCGUCCCCACGGCCAUCGACAGCGACGCCCACGGCUCCCAGCCGGUCUGCAGAAUCGGUUGAGCAUGGACUCUUGCGCGACCUGCCGUUUAAUCUCCAAGGACUGUCCUCGACGAAUGUGCAAUUCCAAUCCGCCUCGAGUUUGAAGCUCCCACCAAAUCUACCAGCCCCGAUCAUUUCUCUGCUCCAUGCGCUGGCGGAACCAUGCUUGCUCUACAAGGGGCUGUCGGGGUUUGUGGAGAGUGAAGAAGGCGGGCUGGUGAACCAGAGCUUGCGGGCUGCCAUUGCCAAUGAGCUGCGGUCGUAUCUGAGCUUGGUGGCUACACUUGAAGCAGAAAUACGACAGGCGCUGGCCGCAAUUGGAGACGCACGCGGGCCGCAGGGCGUUCGGAAGGGCGGCGUCACCUUGAAGCGAUGCAUGGUCUGGACAAGAGAUGCUACAAUGGCUCUGCGAUUAAUGAGUCUGAUUGUGGAGGAGGCUCGAAAUAAGAAGGGAGGCCAGUUAAUAUCCUUGAUCCAUGGCUUCUCAUCAUCCCAUGGUGAUCCCUUCGUGGGCGCUUUCGCCGAGAAGCUCCUUGCGCAUGUCACCCGUCCCUUUUAUGAUAUGCUACGCCUCUGGAUCUACGACGGCGAGCUGUCUGAUCCUUACAAGGAAUUUUUUGUCGCAGAGCCAGAAUUUCGUCCAAGCACUGACCCACGACGAAUUGCAACAAGCGUCUGGGAAGACAAAUAUAAACUAGACGAUGACCUAGUUCCCUCGAUCAUCACACAAGACUUCGCCAAGAAGGUGUUUCUGAUUGGGAAGUCAUUGAACUUCAUCCGGUAUGGCUGCGGCGAUUCCGGGUGGGUGGAGGCGUAUUCCAAGGAGGCCUCCAAGGAGCUGCGAUACGGCGACACAGCAAGUCUCGAAACCUCCAUCGACGAGGCCUACAAGACAACUAUGGCGCGACUGAUCUACCUCAUGAACGACAAGUUUAAGCUAUUCGAUCACCUGCACGCACUGAAGAAGUACCUCCUGCUGGGCCAGGGUGAUUUUAUUGCCCUGUUGAUGGAGUCGCUGGCCUCGAACCUCGACCGUCCAGCCAAUUCGCAGUAUCGACACACACUCACAGCACAGCUGGAGCACGCUAUUCGAGCCUCGAAUGCGCAGUACGACUCAUCGGAUGUGCUACGCCGGUUAGAUGCCCGGAUGCUCGAGCUCAGUCACGGCGAAAUCGGGUGGGAUUGCUUCACGCUGGAAUACAAAAUCGACGCCCCUGUCGAUGUGAUUAUUACUCCAUGGGCGUCAACCCAAUAUCUCAAGGUCUUCAAUUUCCUUUGGCGCGUGAAGCGUGUCGAGUUCGCGUUGAACAGUACCUGGCGGCGGUGCAUGACGGGCGCGCGCGGCGUGCUGGGGAAUGUGGACGACAAGCUUGGAUCUGACUGGAAGCGUGCGCGCUGUGCCAUCGCCGAGAUGAUCCAUUUCGUGUGCCAACUCCAGUAUUAUAUUUUGUUCGAAGUCAUCGAAUCCAGCUGGGACCAGCUUCAGACGGCCGUUGCGAAACCCGGUUGUACGCUCGACGACCUGAUCGAAGCACACACUAAAUACCUCAACUCUAUUACGCACAAGGGCUUGUUAGGGUCUACGGCCUCUUCCUCGUCGCGGUAUGGUACCUCGACCUCGGCUGCGGCCAAACAGCCCGAGGAAAGUUUCCUCAGCCAGCUCCACCAGAUCCUUAAGAUCAUGCUGGCCUACAAAGACGCAGUGGACGGCCUCUACUCCUUCUCCGUGGCCGAGUUCACCCGCCGCCAGGAACUCAGCGCUAAGAUCGAAACCCGCACCGCCCAGGGCCGCUGGGGCGUCACAGACCGUGAUCUUUUCUCCAGUCGCGCUCCCAGCCGCGGCGCCGCCUCCAUGGCCUCCACCCCGGACGUGCGCCCUGCUAGCGCCGGGUUGGAUGGCGUUGACAUACCCUUCUCGCUCUCAGCCCAGGACCUCGCCGUCGACGACAACAUGUUGGCAUCACUGCGCGUCCGUCUCCGCGACCUCUCGGUGGACUUUCACUCGCGCCUGAAUGUCUUGCUGGGCGACUUGGCCUACCAGCCCGACGUCGAUAUGCGCUUCCUCGGUGUCGUCAUGAACUUCAACGACGUCUACGAGCCUGUUCGUCGGCGUCGUCCCACGGGGCCCAGCUUGCGCGAUAAGGAGAAGGAGAGAGAGCGUGAGCGCGCGAAACGAAAGGCUGCCGCCGCCACAGCUGCUGCGGCCGCAACGGGACCGGGAACUGAAGGCCAUACACCGAAAGAAGUGCGUCGGGAGAUAAAAGAGGCUGGCGUACCGGAGAAAGGGAAUGCCAAUGGAGCGCGCGCAUAG